AUGUCGCCCGCCCAGCAGCAGCAGCAGCAGGCGGCGCGGCGUGCCUCCUCCGGGGACACCCCCCAGGGCUCUCCCACGGCGCGGGCCAACAACACCUGCCCCCCCUUUGGCAGCAAGGCCGUGAUCGGGAGGAGGUCCAAGAUGGAGGAUGCCUGCGUCGUGGUGCCCUCCCUCCUCUCCGUUGUCGUAGACUCGGGGGGCCUGGAGGAGUCGCUGCCGCCGCGCGUGGCCCCCCUCCUGCGCUCGGCGCGGGUGAUCACCCGGACCUCGCCCGGGUCGGGGGCCAGCGCGGAGGGCUCCUUGAACUCCAGCCUGACAAGCGGGGGGUCAGGACCCCGACCUGCCGGCCCUCUCUCCGACGGCGACACCAGCGGCAGCUCCGUGCGCGAGACGCUGCACUUCUUCGGCGUCUUCGACGGCCACGGCGGCGCCGACGCCGCGCUGCACUGCUCACGCGUGCUGCACACGCGUGUGCGUGAGGGCGCCUCCCCGCCCUGCGCCUCGCCGCUGUCGCUGAGCGUGGGGCGGGAGGCGGUAGAGGCGGCGCUGACCCGCGCCUUCCACCUCACGGACGACGAGUUUGGACGGGCGGGCGGCUAUGAGCACCUGGCCUUGGUGGGCACCACUGCGGUGGUGGUCCUCAUCGGCGCCAGCAUGCUGUACGUGGCCAACGCCGGCGACUCGCGCGCGGUGCUGUGCCGGGAUGGCCUGGCCCUGCCGCUGACCGACGACCACAAGGCGGCGCGGGAGGACGAGACCGCGCGCGUGGAGGCCGCGGGCGGGCAGAUCCUGUUCUGGAACGGCGUCCGCGUCAUGGGCCUGCUGGCCGUGUCACGCGCCAUCGGCGACCACAGCCUGCGGCCCUACGUCAUUGCCGAGCCGGAGGUCACCAUCGUGCACCGGCACCCUGCAGACGAGCUCCUGGUCAUGGCCAGCGACGGGCUGUGGGACGUGAUGGGCAACCAGGAGGCUUGCACCCUGGCCCGAAAGUGCCUCCUCCGCGCCCGCCAGCGUGGCAGCAGCCGACAGAGCGCGGCGAGAGUGGCAGCCACCGUGCUGACCCGCGCGGCGGUGGACCGGGGCAGUCGGGACAAUGUCACGGUCGUCGUCGUGGACCUCAGCAGCGCCUCGCCGGAGGAGGCGGUCGCCGAGGCCGCGUCAGCGGCCGCGCCAGGGGACCCCGGCGCCGGCCCCGCCUUCACCUCGGGCAUCCCGUCUGGCGACGCAGCGGCAUUGCCUGGCGUGCCGCAGGCCUCCUUCCGCCUGGCCCCCUCCCCCAUGGAGAGCUGCUUCAGCAGCAACGCCAUAGCCCCUAGAUUCUCCACGGGCGCCGGCAAGGGUGUGACGGGGGUCCAGCCACCCCCAUGA